GAUAAAUCUUAAAUUAGCAACUCAUCAAUAUUGUUUUGUUUACAUGAUUGAUAUGCGUGCCAAGUUAAAAUGUGGAAUAAACUACAAUGGAUUGGGCUUACUUAUGUCGUCAUUCUGAUUCAAGAGAGUAAUGCAAGCAAUGCUGAUGAUGACCGAGACAUGUGGGCGUGGCAAGCUGGAUGGCAAUGGGUGUGGCUUGCUGUUGCUGUAGUGAUUGGAAUUGCUAUCUUCAGUAGACAGAGAAAGACUAGCCAACAGGCUGACAAAGAGAGUAGACAGAACAAGUCUACAUCUCCAGUAGAUCCACAGGCUUCCCUGGAUGUAACCAGCAUCAAGAUCUUCUAUGGCACUCAAACUGGUACAGCAAAGAAUCUUGCUGCCCAACUUGCCAAGGAUAUUCCUGACACAGUGAACACAGAUGUAAUUGAUCUGAAGGAGUUUGAUCCAGAGAAACAUGUUUUAUUAGAUCAAGAUGAGCAGACAGUGUGUGUAUACAUCCUCUCCACCUAUACGGACGGUGAGCCGCCUGAGGGUGGGGCGUGGUUCUGUCGAUGGCUCCACGAAUCAGUCAAUGACUUCAGGGUGCCCGGGACACUGCUCAAAGGACAUCAGUUUGCAGUCUUUGGACUUGGAAACUCACUUUAUCAAGAUCACUACAACACAGUCAGUAAGAAGGUUCAUCAGUGGCUGAUAGACUUGAGUGCCAGGCCUUUGCUUCCAGUAGGAGAAGGGAAUGGCAAUGUGGCAGCAAGCAAGCAUGGAGGUACUGAAGCAGACUUUGCUGCAUGGAAAUCUGAUUUUCUCCAGGCUGUACUGAAGUGUGAUGGAAGUGGUGAUAAAUCUUGCAGUUGUAAUCAGAAUGGAACAUGUCAAUCAAGCGUCAUAGGUCAAAUGUCAUUAGAACAGAACACUGUGACUCCUGAGCGUGACGGCGGUGGUGAGGAGAAGGCAGACGAUGGUCUGGACAGUGACCAGGAAGAUCCUGAUGAGAUGGAUGUCAUUGAUGUCGAAGACCUGGGCUCCGUCAUGAACAAGAUGAAGAAUGCCAAGGCUAUGAAUGGUGUAAAACUGGGCACAGAGCCGAAGGAAAUGGUAACACCGACCAUCAGGAAAAAUCUCACUAAGCAAGGUUACCGAAUCAUUGGUUCUCAUUCUGGCGUGAAGCUAUGUAGAUGGACAAAGAGCAUGCUUCGUGGUAGGGGAGGAUGCUACAAGCACACCUUCUAUGGUAUUGAGAGUCAUCGAUGCAUGGAGACAACACCCAGUCUGGCAUGCGCUAAUAAAUGUGUCUUCUGUUGGAGGCACCAUACAAACCCGGUAGGUACAGAGUGGAAAUGGCAAAUGGACGAUGCUGAGUCCAUCGUAGAGGGAGCCCUAAAGAACCAUUACAACUUGAUCAAACAAUUCAAAGGAGUUCCCGGGGUGAAGCCAGAGAGGAUGAAGGAAGCCAUGAAGGCGCAACACUGCGCCCUUUCCCUGGUAGGUGAGCCCAUCAUGUACCCCAAGAUCAAUCGUCUAGUAGAACUCCUCCACAAGGAGCAGAUCUCCACCUUCCUCGUCACCAACGCUCAGUUUCCGGACGCAAUCAAGAACCUCUUGCCAGUCACUCAGCUGUACGUGAGCGUUGAUGCUAGCACCAAGGAGAGCUUGAAGAAAGUAGACCGGCCUCUCUUCAGAGACUUCUGGCCUAGGUUCCUGGAGAGCCUCAAAGCCCUAUCUGAUAAGGGUCAGAGGACUGUUUACCGUCUCACUCUGGUCAAGGCAUGGAACGACGAGGAGAUACAGUCCUACGCCGACCUGGUACAACUCGGCAAACCAGAUUUCAUCGAGGUCAAGGGCGUAACCUACUGCGGGGAAUCAAAAGCCAGCACCCUCACCAUGCAGAAUAUACCAUGGCAUGAAGAAGUGGUUCACUUUGUCCAGAAACUCAUGGACCUUCUCCCUGAGUAUGAGAUUGCCUGUGAACAUGAGCAUUCUAACUGUGUCCUGACUGCCAAUACAAAGUUCAAGAGGGAUGGGGAAUGGUGGACGUGGAUCGACUACUCACAAUUCCAUGCGCUGAUGGCUGAAUACGAUGCGAGCGGAGGAGAGAAGAUAUUCAGGGCGGAGGACUACAUGGCAAAGACGCCCCCAUGGGCCGUGUACGGGAGCAAAGAGCAAGGUUUCGAUCCGGAGGAGACCAGAUUUUACAGGAAAGGCAAGAAAAAAGACUUGGGUGGAUGUUAAAGGCCCACUGCACUACCUGUAGCUACUUGCGCCCUCCAUAUAACAAACAAUGCCUAAGCAGUGACCAUUGGUCCCCCAUGAUCCUCUUUUUCUUAUGUUAACUGAGAGCUGAGUUAACCGUAGUUAACCACCAGUGACCUUGCAGGGUGGUUUUAUCCCUCCUGUAGACUAGUACUGAUAAGCUUUAAACUGGACCUUCUCUUAGAGACUGACUCAGAGACAGGGGUUUUGGAGCAAGAAAAAUGAUUUCUUCAAAGGAAAGAAAUCAGAAUUUGUAUACAUGAUGAUGAGAUUGUAAAGAAAAGAAACAUUUUAACUGUGUAUGCUUAUGGAAUAUGGAAAGACCCUAUUAGGAAGUGGAAAACUUGAUAAUGUCAAAACGUCAAGAAUCAUCAUCUUCAUUUAGUAUCUGUUUUUUCAAAGAAGAGAAGCAAUAUUUUUAGGAAGGACAAAACCAUCCUGAUAUUAAAAAAAUGGCUGACUUGUUGAAUUUCUCAGGUUUUAUAUCCCAUACGCCUGUGUGAAUUGAAGAUCAACCUUUUCAUUAUGUUUUAAAGAGAACCAACAAUUCUUAGUAGUGUAAAAGAGAUUCUGUAAUACAAAGACUACAAAGUUGUUUGGAUACUAAUAAAUCCCAAUUUAUAUUAUGAAUAUUCAUAAUCAGCAGGAAAUGUAUUUAUUAAUGAUACAUUCAAUUUCUUAAUCAUGGCGAAUCAAUGGUAUUAUUCUGUUCUUUUUGUGCCUUACGAUGAAUAUUUCAACUGUGCUCAUUUUUUAAUGAAUAGUACUUGCUUUUGUAUAUCUUGAACUAAGUGUGUAGAAUUCUGACAGCCAGUGCGAUAUAUGUAAAGUGGUGUUAUGGUAUAUUAGUUAAUUCAUGUGGUUGAGGGUUCAAAUCCCAGCCCGGCACUGACGUCCUUUGGCAAGACAUUCAUACGGAUUUGCCACUCUCCACCCGGGUGUAAAUGGGUACCUGGCAAUCGCUGGGAUAAUAAUAAUAGCAGGAUCCUCGGGAAGAACAGCACUGAUGCUGAUGAGGUUUCCAUGGGUAAACAAAGUGAUUACGGUACAAUUAAUAUUAUUACUAAUGAAAUUGAUAGUCACUUUGUACUAUCAUGGAGGUAUAACUUCUAGAGAUGAUCAAUGUUAGCAAUUAUGGUGUCGGGUAGUUUUAAUCUGUAUAUAUAUAUCCUUUCAUUUCAAUUUCAUUUUAGAUUUCAAGGUUUAUGAAAAAAAAGUUAUUGAUUGAUUG